CCCUCACUAACUUGGAAUGGUUUCAAAUCGCGAGCAGCCGCGCUUAACCUCAGCAGCCAUACAUCUGCGCACUCACCGGAUCGAUGGUACUAUAAACCUUGAAGCUGCACUGUCAUCUACACAGGUCUAAAGAUGCAGUGGACCCCAGAGCACACACAAUGGGCAGAACAACACUUUGACAUCUCAUCCACUACCCGCUCGCCAGCACACAAAGUAGAGGCCUACCGGGGGCACUUACAGCGAACGUACCAGUAUGCGUGGGCAAAUGAUGACAUCUCUGCACUGACUGCCUCCAAUCUUCUUAAGAAAUAUGCAGAGAAGUACUCUGGGAUCCUAGAGGGCCCAAAUGAAAGAGCCCUUUUGUGUUCCUACUCUGAUAGCACCACUGGACUCAUGAAUGGACGAAAGUCAGAGAAUGAGUCCUGGCAGGAGGGGAUUUACCCAAUGAACUGUGCUCCAGAUGUUAUAUCUGUGAGCAAAGCUGGAAUGACAGCUGCCCUACCCCCUACAGAUGUGUCGGCUAGCAUAGGCAGCUCCCCAGGGGUGUCCAGCAGCUUGUCUGAGCCAAGCUUCUCUAGCAGUAACUGUGGGAGCCACACAGCCACUACUCUCCACUCGGGCCUCCCCUCUCAGGAAUAUACUGCCAGCUACAAUGGCUCCUACCUGCAUUCUAGCUAUAGUGGCCAGACUACCCCAGCCCUCCCCUCCCCACACCCAUCUCCCCUGCACAGUGCUGGGCUCUUACAACCACCACCCCCACCUCCUCCCCCUACCUUAGUGCCGAGCUACAAUGCCGGGUCUCCAAACCUUCCCAACUACAAUUAUCCUCCAACAGGGUAUCCUUCUCAGACUACUGUUGGUCCUGGUUAUAGCCCUGGGGGAGCACCCCCUCCGUCUGCUUAUCUGCCAUCCGGUAUUGCUGCUCCUACACCAAUCCCUCCGUCCACACUGCCUGGCUAUACCUACCAGUCUCAUAAUCAUACACCAAUUGCACCAACACCUUUGAAUGGCAGCACAUCCAACUCAUUAAAACGAAAAGCUUUCUACAUGAGUGGUCAUGGAGAUAUGGACUCAAGCUAUGGUAAUUUCAACUACAACCAACAGCGUUCCUCACAGAGCCCCAUGUACAGAAUAGCAGACAGUGGUGUCUCGGACUCAAACAGGGGCAAUGGCUUUGACAGAAAUGCUGAGGCUUCGUCUUUAGCAUUUAAGCCAACCAAACAGCCAAUGUCUUCUGAUCAGCAAAGAAAAUUCAACAUACACCCUGGCAGAGCGCUAACUCCUCCAUCCUUUGGAUCAACCAAAAGCUCUGUGGGCGAUCUCAGAGCUGGCGAGUCCUACAGCAAGUUUGGAUCCCCCAUCAUGAACGAACAAACUGAAGAGCACAGACAGCACCUCUCUCACUCCCUAACAGGGCCUGAAAUUGGUACGGCUACCUCGUCCAUCCAUGCUGCAGAGGAACAACUGAAGAAUAGUGAUUCCAACCUGGUGGAGAUGGUGACAGCAGAAAUCCUUCAGCAGGGCCCUCCAGUAGACUGGAAUGACAUCGCGGGUCUUGAUAUGGCCAAAGUGGCCAUCAAAGAGGAGAUACUAUGGCCCAUUUUAAGGCCAGAUAUGUUUAGUGGACUUCCCACAUUACCUCGCAACCUCCUUUUAUUUGGACCUCAGGGAACUGGUAGAACGCUGUUGGCUCGCUGCAUGGCUAGCCAACUGGGGGCUGCCUUCAUGCGACUCAGCGGCUCCACUCUGGUGACCAAAUGGCUGGGGGAAGGGGACAAGAUCAUCCAGGCUUCUUUCCUGGUGGCCCGGUGUCGCCAACCGGCGGUGGUAUUCAUCAGUGAGGUGGACCUGCUGCUGUCAGCCCAGCUCAGUGAGGACAGCCCAGUGAAUCGCCUCAAGGCUGAACUCCUUAUGCAGCUUGACAGUAUUUUGACCUCUGCUGAAGACCAUGUCCUCGUGGUCUGCUCCACCAAUAAGCCUGAAGAGAUCCCAGAGUCCCUACGGAGGUACUUUACCAAGCGACUACUCAUCCCCUUGCCUGAUGGGACAGCGCGACACCAGAUAAUCAGCCAACUGCUUUUACAGCACAACUACUGUCUUGGUGACAAAGAGAUGUCACUACUGGUUCAGAGGACAGAGGGCUUUUCAGGACUGGAUGUGGCCCAGCUUUGUCAAGAGGCUGUGGUAGGUCCUCUCCAUGACAUUCCUGGUACUGACCUAUCAAGCAUCCACCCGAGUCAGAUGAGACCAAUCUCCUACCAAGACUUUGACCAUGUGUUUUGCAAAUUCCAGCCCAGCAUAUCACAAAAAGAACUUGACAUGUAUACUGAAUGGAAUAAAAUGUUUGGUUGUAGUCAGUGA